AUGAGAGCCCUCCCAUCCGGACUGAGCUACCUAUGUCUACACUUAUUUGUAUUGUGCUACUAUGCUCAGGUAACCAAUCAGUCCCCGCCUAAUUUCACGCAGCAUGUAAGCGAGCAGAGCAAAGUGACGGACCGCGUGAGCCGCCGGCUGAUCCGGAUCUACCAGCUGUACAGCCGCACGAGCGGCAAGCACGUGCAGGUCCUGCCCAACAAGAAGAUCAACGCCAUGGCGGAGGAUGGAGACGUACACGCUAAGCUGGUUGUGGAAACGGACACCUUUGGGAGCCGAGUACGCAUCAAGGGCGCUGAGACGGGCUUCUACAUCUGCAUGAACAAGAAGGGAAAGCUCAUUGGCAAGAACAGCGGGCAGGGCCGGGACUGUAUCUUCACGGAGAUCGUGCUGGAGAACAACUACACAGCUCUGAGGAAUGCGCGCUAUGAGAGCUGGUACAUGGCGUUCACGCGCCGCGGGCGACCACGGAAAGGCUCACGGACGCGCCAGCACCAGCGCGAGGUCCACUUCAUGAAGCGGCUGCCGAAGGGGGUGCAGCCCGCCCUCACCAGCCAUCACCGGCCCUUUGACUUCAUCCACUACCCAUUCAACCAAAGGACUAAACGCACACGCUACUCGGAGCAUUGAGGAGGGGGCACAGACUGCCCCCACUCGGCCCUCCCCCUUUUAUACUGAGCAUAACUAUAGCUUCAUAUGUAGGCGAGUGGUUUUUAUAUUUCUCUCCAAGUCAGAAAAACUGUACAUAGACAACAAUGUGAGAAAUCUAUUUUUGUACUCCAGACUUAGUUUUAGAUGCACACAGCUUGAGGUCUGACUGUGGGGACAUGUUGGAGUUGUCCUGGUUUUAUUUGCCCUGCCCCCUGGGGUCCGCUGGACACUUGAAGGCCUGCCGACGCACUGCAGGAGCGCCGCGUGCCCCCUGACCCCUUCCUCCAUCUUCCUGUUGAUUGAACAAUGUGGCAGCUACGUUUGAUAAUCACGGGUUUCCUCUGCGGACUGUUGUGUUGAUGAGAAAGGAACCCCAGCCCCCCGCCACUGCCCCUCACCCUCUGUGUUUCUGUUGCCCCCUGAAUGAGUGUUUUUAUACAUAUAUAAAUAUAUUUUUAUUUGAGGAUGUGUACAAAAAUGUUAAGGAUGGAAUAUUUAUUUAA